ACAGAAGAAGAAAAAGCAGGAAGUGCCUGCCUCUACCAAUGCUGUGGUUGUUUGCAUGUUCAUUAUUUACUAGCUACAGUAAGUAGGUGGGCAAGUUCAAGUAUUUGUAUUUUGUGUAAAGAUCAAUAGACUGUAAGGUAAGCCGCCAUUACACUUUUAUUUAUAGCGGUUAACGUAUGGCCAUGUCAAUUGCAGUUACUUUGCAUUUUGUUCACGCAAGAGCUAGCACCAGUAAAACCCUUUUUCUUGCUUGCUUAUACAUGACCUAGUAGGACACCCAGGUAACAGUUAGUGAAUGAGUUGAAAUGACUAGCUAGUUCUUCUUUUAAAAGCAAUCGUGAUGGGGGGUCUCAGAUUUCGGGUUUAGAGCAUCAUGUCUUUAAUCAUAUCUAGUUUUGUCUUAACAUUUAGUGUUGGUGUGGACCACCCAUGUAAUAUAAUGUGUUCAGUCAUCUAAUAUCAUGUCUUCUCAUGUACUUAUUAUCCCAUCACUACCGGCCAUCAAGUUCCAUGGCAAGUCCAGAGACACCAGGAGAUGAGAGUAUGGAGCGGAGGUCCGGGGCUGCAGGGGUAAGCUGUUCAGGAACGGCUACCAAGCUUGGCCCCUCAGGUGCCAACGUAGAUUCCCAGCUACAAGAUGCCGUCCACUUGAAAACGGAGGGGAACAAAUUCUACAAAGAGAAAAAGCUUCGGUCUGCAAUUGGACGUUACCACCGUUCGUUGCUCAUUCUGCGUAAUUUAGACUCUGAUGUCACUGCGGCAGUGAAGGGGUUUGGUCCUGAGGCUCCUGUACUCACCCCAGGACAGGAAGAACUACUUAGGAACACACAGGUUGACUGCUAUAACAAUUUAGCAGCCUGUCUGCUGCAGAGGGAGUGUGUCGACUACACGCGUGUCCAGGAGUACAGCUUGCGGGUGUUGCAGUUGCGGCCAGAUGACAUCAAGGCCCUGUACAGAGCAGGAGUGGCCACUCUGGAGCUGGGAGACGCACAGAGCGCCAAGCAAUACCUCACUCAGGCCAGCAAGGGACAACCCAAUGACACUAAUGUGAGGAGGCACCUGCAGCGAGCAGAGGAGAGGCUGAACACGGAGUACCAGAAGGAGAAGGCUCUGUACCGGGGCAUGUUCUCCAGUUAGAGAGCCGGGGAGGGGGCCAGCGGAGGAGUCACCCAGAAUUAAGUUCCCAUCAGGAGGGAUGUUCUGUUGUUCUGACCCUGAGGAUUGAGAAGAGAAGAAAAGAGGAACCAAGCCUGGACUGGACACAUAGAUCAUUGAUUCUGUGCAGAGCCUUGAUCAUGCUGAUCCUAUUGAAGAUCCUGUUAUGCUAUAGAGAAUAUUUGUGCCUGAUGACCAACAAGGAGAUGGAGCUAAAUUGUUGGAGGUUCAGCAUAAGGGUUGAAGGUCAAAGCGAGGGUGCUAAAGAGAGACUAUUUGUGCACUGUUCAAACUCAGUCCUGUUAUGCCUUCUGAAAGUGGUUGUUUAUGGUCACAUAAUCAGUCAUGUUCCUUUUUGUGUACAAAAUGUUUUGAUUAAACUUGAUAAAUCUUUUUUGAAA